GCCUCGGGUACAUCCAAGAUGUCCAACCCAGUAAAGCAACAGCACGAGGGACAACAGCCUAAUAAGGACGAGCAUGGCAUGGAAGAGUGGAAGAAGCGUGCACCGUACAGAGUUCACGACGACAAUGACAAUUUCGAACACAUCUACGAAGCAAGCUGUCACUGCGGGGCUGUCAAGUAUGAGCUGAACAGAGAAGUGCCUUUGGAUUCCAAGCUCUGCCAUUGCACAACCUGUCAAACUCAACACGCAGCACCCUUUCAAUGGGCUGCAAUCUUUCACAAGGAGGACAUCAAUUUCAAGCAUGGACACCAUGAUCUGGAGUGGUAUGAUCCCACCACCAAGUCGAAGGAACACCAAUUGCCUUGCAAGGUGAGAUGCAAGCAUUGUUACAGCCCGAUUAUGGACGAAGGAAGAAACAUGAUCUUAUUGUUUCCAAGCUUGAUUAAGUUCAAGUCCGAGAAGGAGAAGCAGAAGUUCAGACCGAGCAUGCAUAUGUUCUACACGCAGCGCGUCAUGGACAUUCCCGAUGGUCUGCCCAAGUGGAGUGGGCUCAACAAGACUUCAGACCUCGUAGAGGAUAGUCCUCCGGAGGCAAUUCAGGAGCUGGAGCGGGAGCGGGCACAGCAGCAGCAGGAGGAGCGUGCGAAUGGUGGUGCCAAGAAGGAUGAGAAGAAGAAGUGAAAGCGUAAGCUGACGCAGGUCUCGCGAGAAGUGAAAAGAUGGCGACGGUAAAUUGAGCAUUUUUUGCAGGAAGCGAUCGGACAAGCGAGAUAGAUCGUCAGUUCCAACGUGACCAAGCGCGCUG